AUGGAGUACAUCAAGAUUGCUAAAGUAUCAAAUGUAGUACUGCAUAGAAGAGGCACAGCCACCGAAGGUACUUUGCACUUGACUACUCAUCAUUUGAUCUUUGAGUCCCCUCAAUUAUCGACGGAAUUCUGGUUUCCCUACCCACUGAUUUAUGGAGUGCAUAAAAACCCGGGCAGUACCUUACUGUCAAAAUUGACGUCCACAAACCAAAUCCAAUUGGAAGGCACAGAUUCGCAGAACUAUAGGCUCUACCAGGGUAAGGAUCUUUGGUCAUUCGUGAACAUUAAGAUCAUCGGGAAAGACUACGUGGUCUUUUCUUUGGAUUUCGGCAGCGAUUUGCACCUACAAGCGAGGAAAGUGUAUGAGUCCAUCUUAAAUUUGACUGUCGUCGGCAAUAUUAACAAGCUAUACGCUUUUAUUUACAUGUCUAACAACUUGGAGAGGAAAUUGCCCGCGCCCAAUAGUUGGGAAAUAUACGAUCCAGUUAGGGAAUUUCAAAGGCAGGGACUAGAUCAUAAUGACGAGUCGUGCCCUUGGAGACUAUCUAUGAUUAACGAACAGUACGAAUUUUGCCCGACAUAUCCCUCCCAACUGUUCGUACCGAGGUCUACAUCGGAUACGCUACUCCAGCAUGCGUCGAAAUUCAGAUCGCAAAAGAGAAUCCCUGUUUUAACUUAUCACCACAAGGCCACAGAUUGUAACAUUCUCAGAUCAUCACAACCAUUGCCGGGGUUGAUCAACCAGAGGUCAAUUCAAGAUGAAAAACUGGUUUGGGAAUGUUUUAGCUCUUUUUUUAAUACAGAUAUCAAAAGAACCAAGCACGUGAUAGUAGACGCAAGACCGAGGACCAAUGCGUUGGCGCAAAUGGCCUUGGGUGGUGGGACAGAAAACAUGGAUAACUACAAUUUCUUUCUAGCAGACAGUAAUCUAGGUGUCGAUAACAAUAUAAAAUUGCCCACCGUGACAAGAUUAUUUCUCGGUAUAGAUAACAUUCAUAUUGUUUCCAACACAGCUGCAUAUAUGACGGAGAUCAUCUGCCAAGCUGGCGAUUUGAAUUUACCGUUAGAGCAAAAUCUGAUCAAGUCCCAAAAGUUCACCAAUUGGCUGAAAUUGAACACUCUUAUUCUCAAAUCAGUUGAUAUGCUUCUAAAAUCAAUGAUUUUCAAUCACUCCAACGUGUUGGUUCAUUGUUCUGAUGGGUGGGACAGGACCAGUCAGGUUGUUUCUCUCUUAGAAAUGUGUUUGGAUCCGUUUUAUAGAACAUAUGAAGGGUUUAUGAUUUUAGUGGAAAAAGAUUGGUGUUCCUUUGGUCACAGGUUUCUGGAACGAAGUGGCCAUUUAAAUUCUGACGUCAGGUUCCACGACAACACCAUGCACUCGUUAUUUAACGACGGCGAUACUAAUGGCGAUAGUUUCGACAUGGACCAAGACGAUUAUGGUGAAGAUGAUGGUGGAGAUGACGAAGAUACGAACUUAAUAAAUAUAAGUAAAAUAUCCAAAAAAUUUAACAACAAUUUCAAACUGAAUAAGAAGAGUCUAAAGUUUGUUUCCCCGGUCUUCCAACAAUUUCUAGACUGCGUAUAUCAAUUAUUGACGCAAAAUCCAGACCUAUUUGAGUUCAACGAAAGAUUCCUUAGAAGACUAAUAUAUCAUUUAUAUUCAUGUCAAUACGGAACGUUUCUUUCAAACAACGAAAAGGAAAAGUUUCAACAAGAUCUGCCGAACAAGACCAAAAGUGUUUGGGACUAUUUUAGGUCUAGGAAAAAGCAGUUUAUUAAUCCAAAUUUUGUACAGAGGGACAAUAGCGUAAAGGAUGACGAAGAAGUUGCAGAAGACGAAAAAGUGGAAUGGAUUUCACCAGACUUGAAAAAAAUUCAAUGGUGGUGGCAACUGUAUGGAAAAAAGGAUUCAGAGAUGAACGACGAAUUGCGCCAUAAAAAGGGUUCUUCAUCACUACCCAUGGAUAAAAAUACUAAAGAGCACUGCAAUUCCGAUGGAUCUAAGGGCUUAAAUCUCUCGAUUUUUGGGUUUGAUAUGUUUAAUAGAAAGUGA